GAAAUACAGGUUUACUCAUUCAACUCUUAGACUCUUACGCGUUCCACCCUUCUUCGAAGUACGUUUGAAAAGACGAAACACAAGAAUUAUAACAGCGAAAGCAGCUUGAGCAGGAGACUUAGUUUGCUUUCAGGAAAAGCUCGCCCCUUCGCUCCAAGUCAAAAUGAUUUCAUUUUCUGCUCCACGGGUCCUGGGCGUCGGCAUCGCGCCGCCCCAUCAACCGCACUUCCGUUGCUCGUGGGCUCGCCACCACGGACGGGUUUUGCAAAAGCCGAAGCAGCUGGUGAAUUUCACAUCGGGGGGUUUCCUGCGCGGAAAAAACGACCAAGGGAGGACUGUGUACAUUUCGUACACACAACGAAUCACGGUAUACUUGUGUUUCUCUUUCACCUUAACUUUCUUCAGCGCAUGAAUGUAAGUAGCUUGUCGACGUACAGCUGCACUCGCUAAGCUGGCAGGGCGUCUAGGAUAGUUUUACUUUCAGCACAAGGACCUUGCAAGCAGAAAGUAGACGCUCACCUCAUUCCGGAAUAAAAAAAUGCACAGCACGUCAGAAGGCCACGGCAUGAGGGGGCGGCGGAAUUGCAGCGGGGAAGCAGCAACGUCACUGGACAAAUUCUGACAAAGAACGUUGUACUGCAGGCAAGUCCAGAAGAGGAGGUACUUCACUGCACUUGAGUUUUUAUUGGAUAGGAUUGUGCAAUUAAAAUUAUCAGUUGGUUGUGCUUGCUUUGCAAGCGCACAAAGGCAGAGAAACGUCUUUCGAAAUAUAGGUUUUUUCAUACACAUCAUCUCUCGACUUCAUGUUUACGAAUAGGUAAUGCAAGGCACUGCAACGCCAUGUACCGAUAGCUCGUGUAUGGCGACUCCGGGCACGUCUGAGGUUGAGCCGGCGGCUAAAGUUCUAGUUGAGAAAUUGGAGGUCGAGGAGCAGGCGUUGGAGAAAAUCACAGGCGAGAAAUCAGACGGAGAGCGGGCAGUGGAGAAAAUUGCCGUUGAUAAGGUGGAACAGCAGGUGGCGGAGACAGUUUCCGGCGAGAAGGAGGCGGUUGUAGCGGAGAACGAAGCCCUAGUCGAGAACGCCGAGGACGUCUACCCACCGAACAACAUCGAAUUCGAAAUCGAUAGCACUAGCGAGGCCUCCGUGGCGGAAAGUGGGAAGAAGGAGAGUUUUUUCUCCUUGCCAGAGUGCUCUCUCGAGGAAAGUGCGUUUUUCUCCUGCGAAGAAAAAUCGCGAUCGUGGGGGAAGCGAGAAGCGGAAACUUUUUUUUCACUCGAGGAGUCAAAGUCCGAGUUUGUUUCUUUUGUAGAAUAAGCUUUUUGUGUCUAAAAACAGCCUUCAAUUGAGUACAAGCAUGCAAUUCUUUUUCGUUGUUAGAGUGUGAAUUUGAUUUCAUUUGGAGCCCGCACAAGCACUUCAACCAAGUCCAACAUGUAUGAUCAUUGUUAGCGGCACUUUCAGGUGCAGGUGGUCGGCAUCUCUUCCUCAUUUUCAUCCCCUAAUUAACAUUUUGUCAGCGUGAUUUCCGGAAUCUGAUCUUUCUCAGUCCAGUAUGGCAGUAAGAGCUACGUUUCAGUUUGGCAUGAAAAAUACCCUCGUUGUCCUCGUCGUAGUGAUCUCCGGCUUCCCCGCCGUUUUCGAGUUUUUUGCUGAAGGAAUCCAGAACGACCCGGGUCGAGUUUUUGCGUUUUAACCCCGGUAUUGUGAAAAGCAUUCGUAAAAGUCAUGCUUUUUUACCAAACACGAAGCCCACGACCGUUUCACAGCAUAGUCCUAAUGCCUAGCGUACUACUGUUGCUACACCCAGAACAAUUUUGGUUCUCAC